AUGGCUGAGCCGACAGUGCGCGACUUCUACACCCCGCCCGCUGCGCCUGCGGCCGGCGGGGCCUCGAACAACCUGCACUCCCUGAACACCAGCAGCCCCUAUGAUGUCGAGGCCCAGCGGUCGCCGCACUCCCCUCGCACCAGUCGCGGCCGUCGCGAGAGCACGGCAUCUGCCACAGGCACGGAUGCGGAUGCCAGCGCCCGCUACUCGCUAGACAGCUCGACCGUUGCCCAGCGUCGUCCGAUCCGCUCCAAUACGGUGAAGCACUACCGCAACUCCCCCACCCGGCCCGUCUGGGAGGCCGAACCGGGAGCCGAACCGGGAAUUGACACGGCCAAGACCGAAGCGGACCUCCGGCAUGCCCACCUGCGAGAGGACUGUAUCAUUACCGUGGUUGACUUCUCCGACGAGUACAUGGAGCAGCACACCUUCGACAACGAUUCCCUGGAAGAAUUCCUGGAGCGUCCGCGCGAAGAAUGGGCCACCUGCCGCUGGAUUAGCGUCAACGGCCUCAGCUGGGAUGUAAUCAAACUGCUGGGCAACCACAAGAACUUGCACAGGCUCGCCAUUGAAGAUCUUAUGAACACUCGAGGUAGAACGAAGGCCGACUGGUAUUCUGACCAUGCUUUCUUCCUCCUGACCCUUCAGAAGCUCGUGCAGAAUGGGAGCUCAUCGGACAGUUCUUCCGAUAGUGACUCCGAGACUGAAAACGCUGUACGUCAGCAGAAAGAGAACCGAAAGUGGUUCAAACGACUGAGUAAGCGUCGAAGGGCGUCUGAUGACGGACACUCCCUGGAAACCAUCAACCGACACGGAGGAUAUAAGCUCGAGCGGAAGGAUUCGUAUCUUUCGCCACGUGCCAUGGCAAAGGCACGGCCCAAGCACAAGUUCCGGACCCUUCAACGAUACCGUGGUGGUCCCAAUAUCGAAAGGACCGAGUACAUGGAGCGGCACUCUGCUCUCUCCGACAAGCACCUUGCCGUCAGCGUGGAGCAAGUGUCCAUGUUUCUCACCAGCGACAACACUUGCAUUUGUUUCUUCGAACAUUCUGCUGAAGAUGUAGAGAAACCGAUCCUAACUCGCCUGGAGGCUCCAGAUACCAUCUUGAGACGCAGUGCCGAUGCCAGUAUGAUGGUGCAGGCCUUGAUUGACACCAUCAUUGAUUUGGCUAUUCCGGUGACGGCUGCAUACGAGGAUACAAUCAGCGACCUCGAGCUUGACGUUCUGACAGAGCCGAGCAUUGGGCACUCCAAGGCAUUGUACAUCAUGACGACCGAGCUCUCUGUGCUGCGGAACAGGAUCCAGCCCAUCAUGGGUUUGAUCAAUGCUCUACGUGACCACAAGAAGGAGCCGAUUGCCACCAAUCAAGCCGGAAGGCCCGCGCGCAGCACUGCGUCAAGUGUGACCAUCAGCGCUCUUGCACACACGUAUUUGGGCGAUGCUGAGGAUCACUGCAUCAUGAUAUGCCAAGCCAUCGACGAGAUGCGUAAAUCUGCAGAUGACAUGAUUGAUCUGAUCUUCAACAUCAUGAGCACUUACCAGAAUGAAAGCAUGCGUCAGCUGACGGCUGUGACUAUUUUCUUCCUGCCUCUUACUUUCUUGACCGGAUACUUCGGUCAGAACUUCGAGCACUUCUGGGCCAUCCAGCACAGCGACAGCUUUUUCUGGUACAUCGCCGUCCCCGUCAUGUUCGUCACUUCAAUUGGCAUGACGCGCGAGAUGAUUGUUCGUUGGUUCCAGAAGAAGUUCCAGAGGCGUCAAAUUGCUCAGUCUCGCAAGAAGCGCGGCGUCAAGAAGCCCCAGCUGGAAACGUGGAAGAACGGGAUGCCGAAGCCGAAGCGGCAGGACACAGUAUGGAGAGAACCAACCAUGUGA